UUGCGUCAGUUCCGUCCGCGGGCGCCGGGUCUGGAUCGCCGUGCUGAGAAGGCGCGGAGAGAGUCGUUUUCCUAGCUGCGCGGUGGGGCCUGACCGUCGCUGGCGGUGGUGACGGCUUUGCUCGCGUCUCCGCCCGGAUCGUCCACUGCUCCCGGCCCGUUCCGCCCAGAGUCCGAUGGCUUCGGCGCUGAGGGUCCCAACGCAGGUUUGUUGGUGUGGAGCAGAAGAUAAGGAGGCACCUUCUGCAGAGAGCAUUUCUGAAGAAGAACUGUCAGAGGGCAGGACUCCAAAGGCAGAUCCAUCCACCCAUAAGAGUCACCCCUGUCCUCUGUCAUUGCUGAAUUGUAACAAGAGAGAGAACUCCGGGUACCUAACUGAAGAGGACAUGACCCUAGUCACAGCAGGAGGGGCUUGGGCAGGCCCUGAUCCUCUGUGGUUGCUGAACUGUAGCAAGAGAGAGAACUCCAGGUGCCUAACUGAAGAGGGCAUGACUCUAGUCACAGCAGGAGGGGCUUGGGCAGGCCCUGGUCCUCUGUCAUUGCUGAAUUGUAACAAGAGAGAGAACUCCGGGUACCUAACUGAAGAGGACAUGACCCUAGUCACAGCAGGAGGGGCUUGGGCAGGCCCUGAUCCUCUGUGGUUGCUGAACUGUAGCAAGAGAGAGAACUCCAGGUGCCUAACUGAAGAGGGCAUGACUCUAGUCACAGCAGGAGGGGCUUGGGCAGGCCCUGAUCCUCUGUGGUUGCUGAACUGUAGCAAGAGAGAGAACUCCAGGUGCCUAACUGAAGAGGGCAUGACUCUAGUCACAGCAGGAGGGGCUUGGGCAGGCCCUGAUCCUCUGUGGUUGCUGAACUGUAGCAAGAGAGAGAACUCCAGGUGCCUAACUGAAGAGGGCAUGACUCUAGUCACAGCAGGAGGGGCUUGGGCAGGCCCUGGUUGUUGGCAUGGAAUGAAGGAUGAAGAGGCAUCUUCUGAACAGAGCCAUACUAAUAUGUCACAUAUUAAUACUUCCAAGGCAGGUUCACCCACACAGGCGGCUCACUUUUGUGACAUAUGUUACCCUAUCUUGAAAGAUAUUUUGCACCUGGAUGAACACCAGGGUACACACCAUGGACUGAAACUUCACACAUGUGAGGCUUGUGGGAGACAAUUUGGGUUCAGUGCAAACCUUCUCCAGAACCAGAAGCGUUACAGUAUAGAGAAAUCCUUAAGAAGGGAUGAAGGUGAGGCCUCGUUUGUGAAGAACUGCACAGUUAGCAAAGAACCUCACACAUCAGAAAAGCCCUUUGCCUGUAAGGAGGAGCAGAAAAACUUCCAGGCUACUUUGGGUGCUUGCCAACAAAAGGCCAUCUACCACAGCAAGAGGAAGACACAUAGGAGCACUGAGAAUAAGGAUGCAUUUCAUGGUGAACAAAUGCAUUACAAGUGCAGUGAAUGUGGGAAGGCUUUCCGCCGCAAAGACACACUGGUCCAACACCAGAGAAUCCAUAGUGGAGAGAAGCCUUAUGAAUGCAAUGAAUGUGGAAAAACCUUCUGCCGCAAAGCUACACUUGUCCAGCACCAGACAAUCCAUACUGGAGAAAGGCCUUAUGAGUGCAGUGAAUGUGGAAAAACCUUCAGCCGCAAAGCUACACUUGUCCAGCACCAGAGAAUCCAUACUGGAGAAAGGCCUUAUGAGUGCAGCGAAUGUGGAAAAACCUUUAGUCAAAAAGACAACCUUACUCAGCACAAGAGAAUCCACACUGGAGAAAUGCCUUAUAAGUGCAAUGAAUGUGGGAAAUAUUUUAACCAUCACUCCAAUCUAAUUGUACACCAGAGGGUUCACAAUGGAGCAAGGCCUUAUAAGUGUAGUGAUUGUGGGAAAGUCUUUAGACACCAGUCUACACUUGUUCAACAUGAGAGUAUUCACACUGAGUCAAAGCGUUUUGAGUGCAUUGAAUGUGGGAAAUUCUUUAGUCGAAGUUUCGAGUUUAUUGCACACCAGAGGGUUCACACUGGUGAAAGGCCUUUUGUAUGCAGUAAAUGUGGGAAAGACUUUAUCAGAACCUCCCACCUUGUUCGACACCAAAGACUUCACACUGGAGAAAGGCAGUGAAUGUGGGAAGGCCUACCACCUAAGCCUUCACCUCAGUCGGCACCAGAAAGUUCACACUGCAGGCAGGCUCUAGGACUGCUUUGAAUACAACAGAACUCAGCAGUCAGAUGUUGAACUUCAUGUAUCUGAACAUUGACUCAAGGGAGAUAGCUUAUGGUGCCAGGUAUGUAGGAAACUUCUAGGGAUAUGUUGCACUUUCUGACCUGGUCAGGUUUUUUGCUGGAGUUACGUCACUGUCAGUGCCUGUGGCCAAAACCAUCUUAACUCUACCAGCUUACAUACCCUAGCAUCAGGGAAGACAGGGUUUUAUAUUUUCCGGUCCCUGGAGAAAAUCAUGAAAUGCCUGAUUUUAUUGGGGGUCCUCAUUCCCUUCUGUGUGACAGGUAUAGAUAUGGACAUGACCCAUCUUUAGCCAAGAAGGUCUGAGCUGUAUCUGUUGGUGGCUUAUACAAAAGGUUUGCUUUCUUCAUGGAUAGUCUUGAUCUCACAUACUUGUAAUGAAUUUUUCCAGCCUCCAAGUCACCUGGCCUGGGAAAGUACUUGCCUCAUGUUGCUCUGCUUGUGAUAAUAAAGGCCUUACAGUUUAAGCCACCUUUAAUCUUGGGGGUUCUUUUCACUGGAUUGGAUUGAGAACAGGCCCUGCCAAACUGAAGACCGCCUUUGUGGGGGCCUCCAACUUUGUGCCUCAAAUGGGACAGUGGGUUGACGGAGAACAGUUCUUAGUCCAGUUUUCGACUGGACUAAGUUAACUUGCAUAGCUGACAAAGCUUGUUAAGUUACAAUUCAGAUCUUUGUAGGCCUGAUUUGUCCGGAUUUUAGAGUUAUUUGAGAGCCCAUAUGUCACGUUGAGGAGGGUGCUGCUGCUGUGACAGCCUGUAGUGUUUUGAAACUGCAUGGAUUGGGCAUCUUGUUUCUAGCAUAUGUCCCAUGUUCCCCAACACUGUUGAGGUAAACCUAUUCCUCAGGACCUGCUGAGUGGCCAUGUUUUCUGAAAACUGGAAUCUGGUACACAGGCCACUUGGUAAGAUCUAAAGCAUCCAGUAUGGAAACAAAAUUGAUAAAUAUUAGGUGUGAAUGAUUGGGCUUGGGAAGAUCGAGGCAAACUAGAGGGGAAGUGUCCGUUAUAAAAACACCACAGACAGCCCACGCACUAUGGCUGAAUGGGAUCAGUGUAUCCAGAAAUCUCAGGAUCUCCAGUACUGUGUUACUGUUACGGAUAAGGUCCCUGGAGCAGCAAUGAAUGUAGUUUUCCUAGAUUCCUGUACCUCCCUGGGCUCUAUACCUAAUGUCUUUUCUACUUUAGUGUCUUUGCUGUACAUUCACUAACCCUGGGAGUAAAGAGGUGCGAUGGGCCCAAGAAGUACCUUUUGUGACCAGCUAGAGUUUCUGGUGACUCUGAGUAAUACCUGGAGGGACAACUAAAGAAAACAUUUAGAAAGCACUGUCGGAAUGUGGAG